GCAGCGGAGCGGGGAGCGGAGCGAGAGGAGCAAAGAAUCCAGCUGGGUUUCCUCCGCCCACAGGAGAGGGCAUCGCAGAGCUCACAGACACAGGACUGCUCUCCUGCCCACGGUGACUCUGGCAUCAGCUGGUGGAGCAGGAGGUGAUGGCGUCCCUGAAUCAAGGCCGGCUGCUCAUCAAUCAAGAGGUGCUGCUGAUGCAGAAAGGCAUGGUGAUGCGCAAGGUGAGGUCCAAAAGCUGGAAGAAACUAAGAUACUUCAGACUUCAGGAUGACGGCAUGACAGUCUGGCAUGCCCGGCAGGCGGGAGGCAAUGCCAAGCCCAGCUUCUCAAUCUCUGACGUGGAGACAGUGCGUGAGGGCCAUGAGUCUGAGCUGCUGCGCAGCCUGGCAGAAGAGUUCCCCCUGGAGCAGGGCUUCACCAUCGUCUUCCAUGGCCGCCGCUCCAACCUGGACCUGGUGGCCAGCAGUGUUGAGGAGGCCCAGAUAUGGAUGCGGGGACUCCAACAUUUGGUGGACUUUGUCACCAGCAUGGACCAAAAGGAGAGGCUGGACCAGUGGCUGAGCGACUGGUUCCAGCGCGGAGACAAGAACCAGGACGGCCGCAUGAGCUUCCCGGAGGUCCAGCGCUUACUACGCCUGAUGAACGUGGAAAUGGACCAAGAUUACGCCUUGCAUCUUUUCCAAGCAGCAGACGAAUCCCAGUCUGGGGCUCUGGAAGGAGAAGAAUUUGUAGAGUUCUAUAAGGCUCUGACUAAGCGCCCUGAGGUGCUGGAAGUGUUUGAAAACUUUUCGGCCGAUGGGCAGAAGCUGACCCUGCUGGAAUUUGUGGAUUUCCUCCGAGAGGAGCAGAAUGAAGGAGAAAGAGCUUCUGACCUUGCUCUGGAACUCAUCGACCGCUAUGAGCCUUCAGAGAGCGGCAAAGUGCGACACGUGCUGAGCUUGGAUGGCUUCCUCAGCUACCUCUGCUCGAAGGACGGAGAUAUCUUCAACCCAACCUGCCUCCCCGUCUACCAAGAUAUGACUCAACCCUUGAGCCACUACUACAUCAACUCCUCUCACAACACCUACCUAGUGGGGGACCAGAUUUGUGGCCAGAGCAGCGUCGAGGGAUAUAUACGGGCCCUGAAGAGGGGGUGCCGCUGUGUGGAGGUGGAUAUAUGGGACGGACCUGGUGGGGAACCUGUCGUUUACCAUGGACACACCCUGACCUCCCGCAUCCCAUUCAAAGAUGUCGUGGUCACUGUGGCACAGUACGCCUUCCAGACAUCAGACUACCCGGUCAUCCUGUCCCUGGAGAACCACUGCAGUUGGGAGCAGCAGCAGGUCAUCGCGCAGCAUCUGACCGAGAUCCUGGGGGAGCAGUUGCUGAGCACAACCUUGGACGGGCUGCUGCCCACUCAGCUGCCCUCGCCUGAGGAGCUUCGGGGGAAGAUCCUGGUGAAAGGGAAGAAGUUACAGACCCUUGAGGAGGACCUUGAGGAAGAGGAAGUGGAGAUGCUAGAGUCUGAACUGGAGGGACAGCAGGAAGCUGAGCCGGAGCUGGAGGCUCAGUUUGAGUCUGAGCCCCAGGAGCUGAGCCCCCGCAGUAAGGACAAAAAGAAGGACAAGAAAUCCAAACCUGUCUUGUGUCCAACCCUCUCUGCCCUGGUUGUCUACUUGAAGUCUGUCUCAUUCCACAGCUUUGCUCACUCGAGGGAGCACUACCGCUUCUAUGAGACAUCAUCUUUCUCUGAAACCAAGGCCAAGAGCCUCAUCAAGGAGGCUGGCAAUGAGUUUGUGCAGCACAACGCCUGGCAGUUAAGCCGUGUGUAUCCCAGUGGCCUGAGGACAGAUUCGUCCAAUUACAACCCCCAGGAGCUCUGGAAUGUGGGCUGCCAGAUGGUGGCUAUGAAUGUGCAGACCGCGGGGCUGGAGAUGGACAUCUACGAUGGGUUCUUCCGCCAGAACGGUGGCUGUGGCUACGUGCUGAAGCCCGACUUCCUGCGCGAUGCCCAGAGUUCCUUCCACCCCGAGAGGCCUGUCAGCCCUUUCAAAGCCCAGACCCUCCUAAUCCAGGUGAUCAGUGGUCAGCAACUCCCCAAGGAGGACAUGACUAAGGAGAGGUCCAUUGUGGAUCCACUGGUGAGAGUGGAGAUCUUCGGCAUCCGCCCAGACACAACCCGGCAAGAGACGAGCUACGUGGAGAACAACGGUUUUAAUCCAUACUGGGGACAGACCCUAUGCUUCCGGGUCCUGGUGCCUGAACUGGCCCUGCUGCGUUUUGUGGUACAGGAUUACAACUGGAAGACCCGAAACGACUUUAUCGGGCAGUACACACUACCCUGGACCUGCAUGCAACAAGGCUACCGCCACAUCCAUCUGCUCUCCAAGGAUGGCACCAGCCUGCAUCCGGCCUCCAUCUUCGUGCAUAUCUGCACCCAGGAAGGGCUGGAGGAGGAUGAAUCCUAAGGCGGGCACUUCUUGGGAAGGGUGGGUGCGCUGGCUUGAGACGGUAAGAAAAACCGGGAAGGACGCUCCAGAAAGCAAACAGAGGUGGCGAAAACAAAGUUUUGGGCUGUGCAUUCCUAAGCACAAAAUUACCUCACCCUUCCUAACAAGCAAAUUCAGGACCUGAUUUUUCACUUGCUUUCUCUUCCCUUUCUUCGUUUUUCCAUCUGUGGUAUCUUUUCUGCCCCUUCCUGUGCAUACUCCCUGCUGGCCUUCCUUCCUUCCUCUUGCCACAGCCUCAAUCCCACACCCAGAUCUAGGAUGAAUCUCUUUCAUCAACCCUGGCUCAAAGGCUGGCUGCCACCAGAAACCCGGAGAGGGGCUAGGAGCAGAGAAACGCGAAGGGGCAUUACCCAUCCCUGCCUCCAACUUCCUCAAAGCUCAGAGCCAAGGAAAGGACAGACCAAUCCUCAAGGUCCCCCAGGCAAAGGGUGGGGAAGGAGACCUGAUCCCAAGACUACACAGACUCUCAAGAGAAGACUGCACGGCCGCAUCCCCCCUGGACUGCUCUUCCCUAGCCCCACUUGUACAAAUAGAGCUUUUCUCCCCACUU